AUGGGAAUAAACAUUAAUGGGUUUUUAAAUAGAAACCGAUCACCACUUCUAACUACAUUUUCUGUAUUUGUUAUUGGAGCCACGAUAUUUGGGAUUUUUAGUCCAAUCAAGAAUAUUGAGCAAUCAAAUAGUGAGGAUUCAAAAUCCAAAAAACUGAAGCGAGUUGAUGGCGAGGAUUCUGAAGAAAACGAAGAGAAACCUAUCGACGAUAUUGAUCAAAAAAAUAGAAUUGAGUUAUUUAGAUUAUUAGGAAAAUAUAAGAUUUUUCCGGAUAUUAACACAGAUUUGAAAGAGCUAAGAAGAAUAGUCAAAAAUUUAAAGGGGUAA